UCCGCAUUCUACAUGUCCAGUGCGGUUUAAUAUCGUGUUUCGUAUCAGCGCUCCAACCAACCAUUUGUUGGAUGGUUUUGUGUUCUGCCGAACCCAAGUUUAUGUAAUUGAGGAAUUAGUUAGUAAUUACCGUGUCAAGAAGGAGAUGCUCUAAUUAACACACCAACCUUCAAAUCUCCCGUUGAUAACGUUUGUAAAUGAACGUGUGAUAACGUCCGUACAGAACUUGGAAUUGUCAAGCGUGCGACCAGAGGCAAAUUUAAAGCGUAAAAGUGUCUAACUUUAUCUGAAACUAAGGCGACCAAUGCGGAAUCAGAACUUAUCCCUCAAAUUUCAAGUGAAUUUUCCCCCUGGACCAAAUUCUCGCUCGUUUGAGAUUUGAGUUGAAUCCGUGAAUAUAGAUUUUGCGCUUUUAAAGAAACGAAUUCGGAAUGCCGGAAGAGUCACGAUGCUGGUGGACUUUAAUAAUAUCAACAUUCCUGAGUUCAUGGACUCUACGUUUUUUGAAGCUGCAUUUAAAAGUGGAUUCAAUGAGAAGGUCGUCAAACUGAAGAAUGUCUUCUUCACAAUGGGGCCCAGACUAGGCGAAAAUUACAUCAGCCAUAUUUACAGAGCUGACGCAACCUACAACGACGGAGGCUCAGACAAUAAAACGAUAUCCCUCAUAAUUAAAACUCAACCCAGUGGUCCUCUUGGGGCUCAUUUCGCAGCGUUGGGUUUGUUUACUCGGGAACGCAAUGUUUAUGUACAUGCUCUACCGGAAAUAGAACGCCUGCUUGAUGGUGAAGCUAUUGCUCCCAGAUUUCUAUAUUAUACGCCGGCGCCAGUUGAAACUCUUGUCUUUGCGGAUGUUACACCUCUGGGAUAUAUCCUUGCCGAUCGCGUUAAAGGGUUGGAUGAGGAGCACUGUGGAUUGGUCUUCGAAAAACUGGCCAAAUUUCAUGCAGCUUCAAUUGUUCUCGCUAAAAUGCAACCCCAAAUAUUCCAAAUGCUUAGUGUAGACCGUUUUGCUAAAAAUGACGGUAACCAGGAUAUGAUGCAAAGAACCUUAUUAAAUAAUUUCGAGCAUUUCGCCAAAGUAGUAGAAACAUGGCCAGGCUUCAAGGAUACGCCCGAAAAAAUUCGCAGAUUUAUGUCCACAAUCCCGCAGAACAUGGCCAAAUGGUGCGGACCUUCUAAUGAAGAAAUAAAGGUCCUUGUUCACAAUGAUCUAUGGGUCAACAAUAUUUUGUUUAAAUAUAAGGAUGGAAUGCCGGUCGAUCUGUACUUUAUUGAUUAUCAGGGGUCGGUGUAUUCGAGUCCUGGUAUCGAUUUCUCUCAUUUCUUCUAUACAAGCCCCCAGUUUGAUGUUUUGAACCAAAAGCGAGAUUUGCUGAUCGAAGGGUAUUACUACAAAACUUUCAAGUCAACCUUGGAGAAUUUAGGAUAUAGUCCCAUUCCCACUUUGGAGAAUAUUCUUGAAGAAAUCAAGAAACGAGAAACAGUUGGUUUUUUCUGGUCUGUGGUGAAACUGUUCCUUAUUUGUAUGGAUCCAAGUGAUUGUGGCGAAAACAGUUUGGAAAAUUUGAAUGAUAAAGACAAAGGAGACAAAAUUCGUGCAAUUGGAAUGUCUUCAAAAAGAUUUGUGUCUACUAUGCAAUAUGUUUUGAGAAGAAUGGAGAAAAUUGGCGUUUUGAAAUAAAUGAAGCAGUCAAACAUAAUCAA